UGCAUCAUCAUCUUGCACCACCUCACACUCAUCGACGCCCACGUGAAGGCAAUGUCUGGUACAUCUUACCACGGAGGCGAGUACUCUUCAUCGUCUGCUUCAGGCCAUCUACGUCGGGCGCCACCACGAGCACGCCCGGGUGAUGAAGACGAAUUCUAUCCUGAUUUGGUUCACUACACUCCAGCCCCUCACACUCUCGACGAAGCAUCCGUAGCCUCUUCCGCCUCCCCAGGCGAGGGGCCGUCGCUCUCCCGUCCCCGUGUCCGGCAAACGGACGAAGAACGUAAAGCUAAGCGUCGCGUGCCAGAGGACAAGCGCCGCCGCGUAGAGGUCUCAUGUGAUCGCUGCAAACUUCGCAAGACCAAGUGCUUUCGUGAUGCCUCGGAAGCGGCGUGCAAGGAGUGCGCGAGGGCUGGCGUGGCAUGCGUCUCCAAGCUCCCUCGUAAGAGGCGGAUUUACGCGACCGAAGAGCAGCUCACUGGCCGCUUCCGUGCGCUGGACGCUAUCGUUCGCCACCUUUAUUCCGGGCGUGACCUCGAGUCUGAUGAGUCGGUAGAGGCGCUGGCCGCAGAGCUUGGGGCCGGUAGCGCCGAGGUAGGGAGCGCGAUCGGAGACGCGCCCGUCAAUCAGCGCCUCGCGAAUCUUACGGUCCCCGAGGGCCGCCUCAUGCGUUCCCCCGCUGGCCCGAUCUAUCUCGGCGCUGCGAGCACGUUCCUCUUCGCUAGCCAAGUGCGCGAGCUUGUGAAGAGGAGCAAGCUCGACAAUCUUGUGUCCUUCGAUGAAGCGGGUUUGCGGCGCUUUUUGCAGACGGCGGAUCUCGCAUCCUCAGGAGCGGCGCGCUCUCACACCGGACGGGACCAGGAGGAUGACGCAGCGGUUCAUUCAGACGCCAUCUUUCAGUCCAGCGUUCUCGCCACCAGCCUCCCUCCGCGAGAAGUUUGCGAUGGCCCUCUCUCGGCUUUCUUCAACCACGUCCACCCCUCGUUCUCCAUCUUCCACCGUUCAUCCUUCCAGGACCAAUAUCAGGCGAUUUGGACUCGUGAGGGCCACGAACUUGACCCUGGUUGGGCUUGUGCUCUCCUCAUGGCGCUUGUCCUUGGAGUUCAGGCUGUUGAAUCGGAGCGCAGCGCCCGAGGCUUCCCCGUCACCGCCGCGGCGCGAUACCUUGCCAUCGCGAAAGAUCAUGUGGCGCGCCUGACUACGACCACAUCCCUCGCUAGCGUGCAGGCGCUUAUGCUUCUGUCGCUGUAUCACUACAACGCAGGCGAACGUAGCUCAGCAUGGACGUUCAUCGGACAAGCUGCCCGCAUCGCUGUCUCGAUGGGGAUGCACCGCGAUGGUGAAGAUGGCAACUUUGACACGAUUGAGCGCAAUCUUCGCCGCCUGGUGUGGUGGCAGCUCUUCAUCUUUGAGCAAACGCUGUCACUCGACCUCGGUCGCCCUGGUUCGGGGACUGACCUUAGUGACGUGACCGUCGCCUUGCCGGAUCCAGCGGUCAUGGACCAGGGCGAUUACCCGACAGAGUAUCUCAAACACAGCGUUGCGCUUGCUGAUCUCUCCAUCAAAGUCAAGCGAUACGUCGCGGCCACGUCUAUGGAUUACGAGGAUCCACGCAAACUCACACACUCGACCCUGCAGGCCGAGGAUCUCCACCGCUUGCUUCUGCGCUGGGAAUCGCAUCUCGGCGAGCUCCUCGACACCGAGUAUCCCUUCGCCACGGCCAGGCUUCGUCGCAUGCAUCUCCUGCUGCACAUCCAGUAUCAACACCUCACAGCGGUGCUCGGUCGGCCAUUUGUGCUCUGUCACGCUCACCACAUGGCGUUGUCACGAACGCAGGCUGUGCAUCCCCUCGAUCCACGCCUGGAAUCGCUCGCCACUACCGCGCGCGACGCCGCUCGCCUGACACUCGACUACCUGCACCGAUUGGCGGAGAGCGACCUCCUUGAACCCAAGGUCUGGCUCGACUUUGCCUACGCUCACCACGCGACCUUCAUUCUCGGCCUCCACUCCAAAUUUGGGCUGAAAGACCCGGACGAUCGCCGCGCGGUGACCGAUAUGGUGAAUCGGGCACAGCGUCUUACCCUUGCUCCCACCUACCGCCUCCUCAUGCAGAUUACGACGCAGUAUGCGUAUAUUGUUGGCCUGGCUCCCGACAACCAGGCCUCCCUCGGCCCGAGCAUGAAAGUUAGCAGCCAGCGCCUCGCGCCAAUGCAGGGUCAAGCGUCGCUUGAGGAGCUCUUUUCGAUACUGCCGGAGGACCCCAAGGUGAUUGAGCCGUUUGGAGACCUGCGCGCGUUCGGGAUGGACGGUGUGGUGCCGAUGGACUACUUCGAUGUCGGACUGCGAGACGCGACAGGUGGCAACCGUGGCGGAAUGGAGGCACAAGCUCUGAGGUGACCACCCGCUCGCGCCACUCGACCCGUGCACGCCCCACAGCCCACGCCCCACGGACCACGCUCCAAGGCGUGAAGGAGAAGGUGUAGUGCACGCAUGCAAGAUCGUGCGAUGCGACUGGUGUGUCUGGGCGGCGAGGUCGGGGGCGGAGGCGGUGGCGUGUGGCUUGGGUCGAUGUGUGGUAGCAGCGAGGAGCGCAGAUCGCGGAGAUCUGGUCCGAAAGGGGUGGGCACGUUGCCGGCGGUUGGGGAGAACACAUUAACACGAGAUGCACGAGAUGUGG